AUGAAGAAAAGGCCAGAGCUUGAUGGUUAUGGAGGCAGGGGGUCUGAGAUGAAUGGCUAUGGAGAAUCCCUGAAUGCCGCCAUUUGCAACAUACAAAAUUUAGUAGUAAAUGGUGAACGAAGAAUUCGCAGGAAUCUGCCACAACAUGCGCUUACGAUUUUAAACAACUGGCUUUGUAGACAUCCUCACCCAAAUGUCAACGAUAAUGUAGAACUUGCUGAGGCAACAGGUCUAACACACACUCAAAUAUCUAACUGGCUAAUAAAUGCCAGAAGGAGAACACAACACAAAAUUGUAUCAAAAAGAGACCUUGGGCCAAGUUUGUCUGGCUCAAUACAAAAGCGAAACAAGAAAAAGAUGAUUCCUCCACACAACCCAAAAUUAAAAUUAAGGGUGGAACCGCCUCCUCCUCCCCCCACGAACAUUAUUGCUGCAGUGCCAGUGUCCUAUACAGUAUUCCCAACCCUUGCUCUGCUAUCCAGGAUUUGCCAUGAUCACCAGCAAGGCACGACAGAAGAAGGUGGCCAGUUGACAUUUCAACCAGUCCAGGGCCAUCCUGCGGAGGUUGUAAGCACACCACCGGUGCUUGAUGCAGCCCAAGAGACUGAACUAGUGGAACAAAUGAGCAGGUUGUAA